CUUUCCACAUGUCACUUUUAUCACAUUUGAGCCGGUUAUGUUGUUCGAAAUGUUCUUCAAUACCUUCUAGCUCAACCAGAUUAUUUUGUUUCGCGCCACAAGUUGGACGAUCAACGGGAUUUUUAAAAAGCACACUAAUAAAGUCAAAACAAGCGUUUAGAAAUGUCAGUGUAGUGGAAACAAAAAGGGAAUCGUAUAAGCUGAAAAAUGCGAGUUGGAAAGAUUUGAAAGCGAUUUUAUCACUCGCAGGUCCUUAUAAAUGGCGAAUUAUGCUCGGAAUUUCAUUUCUCGGCAUUAGUAGUUCGAUUUUCCUCUUCACACCUCGCGUUCUCGGAAAAUUAAUCGACGAGUGGGACGAGACGAAGCAAGAUAAAAUGGAUCCGAACGAUAAAGCCCUACUAUUGGCUCGAUUUUUCAAAGAAAAUCCAAUUGCUCUAGCUGGAGUUUUCAUGUUGGGCGCGAUUGCUAUUGCCGCCAGAAUUUACUGCAUGCACACGGCGGGUCAACUUGUGAUCAAUGAUCUUCGCAAAAGUGUGUUCAACAGUGUUCUCCGUCAAGAUAUGGCAUUUUUCGAUAAAAAUAAAGUCGGAGAAAUUGUUUCUCGUCUUUCUACUGAUGCUCUUAUCGUUGGAUAUUCAGUUUCGAUGAAUUUGAGUGAUGGAGCCCGUGCAUUGAUCACUUGUUUCGGUUCUGGAGGUCUUAUGGUCUACACCUCCCUGGCAAUGUGCAAAGUGAUUUUUGUCGUCGUACCGGUCAUCGUUGGAACUUUUGCAGUUUUCGGAAAGCUUCAGAGAAAAUACACGUUAAUGAUGCAAGAAGCUGUCGCCGGAGCGAAUCAGGUCGCCACUGAACGUCUUUCUUCCGUUCGAACCGUCCGAAUGUUGGUCGCCGAGAGGAAGGAACUCGCCGCGUAUUCUGACAAAAUUAAUGAAAUUUGGCAGAUUUCGAAGAAGGAAGGACUCGCCAAGGGAUUCAUGUUUGGAUCGUUCCAAUUCACUGGAUAUCUUGCGCUCUCAUCAAUUCUAUUCUACGGAAGCAAUCUGAUUAGUCAGGGACUUUUGACAUAUGGAGAACUUUCCUCAUUCUGUCUCUACGCAGUUCUCAGCGCUGGUAGCCUGUCAGCAAUGUCUGGAUUCUAUCUCGAAUUGAUGAAGGGUCUCGGAGCCAGCUCCCGGCUCUUUGAGCUCAAAAAUCGGGAGCCAAGAAUUCCGUUGGAAGGAGGUGUUCAAAUUGGAAAUGUCAAGGAUACUAUUAGAUUUGAGCACGUUGCAUUCGGAUAUGCUGACCGGGACCCAUUAUUCCAUAAUAUUUCAUUUGAUGUGCCAGCUGGAAAAAUCACGGCAGUCGUGGGAUCAUCUGGAUCAGGAAAAUCGACAAUCGCCUCGCUUUUGCUUAGACUCUACGAUCCAACGAGCGGUCGAAUUUUGGUCGACGGAACCGAUUUGAAGGACAUUGAUCCAUCAUAUUGGCGUCGUCAUAUUGGAACAGUUGGACAAGAACCGGUUUUAUUCUCGACAACUAUCAAAGAGAAUAUUAUUUAUGGAAGUCUUGAACCUGAAAACGUUACCGACGCUGAAAUCGUCUCAGCAGCCGAUCAAUCCAACGCCGAUGAGUUUAUCAGCCGAUUCCCAAUUAAAUAUGACACAAAGGUCGGUGAGCACGGAUCAACACUAAGUGGAGGACAAAAGCAGAGAAUUGCCAUCGCCCGUGCUCUUGUCAAUAAGCCGAAUAUUCUAAUUAUGGAUGAAGCCACAUCGGCACUCGACGCCUCGUCAGAAUAUCUCGUUCGAAUUGCUCUCAACAAAUUGCUCGCGAAUAGUAAACAGACUGUUAUGAUUAUUGCUCACAGACUGUCCACAAUCAAGCAUGCCGAUCAAAUCGUUGUAGUCGAUAGAGGAAGUGUUGCAGAAUCUGGAAGCUAUGACGAGCUUAUCGCUAUCCCCGACGGAAUUUUCAGAAAGCUGGUGGAAAAGCAGACAUUUGGAUUCAAAAAUCCCGAAUCUUAUUAAAUCGUUGUUUUUUUUUGUUUUACGAAUAGUCGAUUUGUUUUCCCCCUAAUUUUUAUUUCAUAUCACUUUUUUUUGGUUAGCUUAAAAUUUCAGAUUUUGUUCUUCUAGGUCAUUUUUCUUCCCACUUUUGUGCCUUCCUCUCCCCUGCUACUUUUGUGAUGAAUUAUGUAGAAGAGCUAGUUUAAAUUAAUAAUAAUUCCU